GCCCACAUAUAAUAUUACGAAAUAAUUCCAUAUGAAACGAGACUAGAAUCAUCGGACCUCCGAUUUCUAGGUCUUUGUCUUUCCCAACCACCAGAAUUAGUGUCCUAUCUACUUCUCUUUCCCUCCAAUUACUCAAGCUGGUGAUAGAAUACAUUACUUCCUUGAGACCCCAAGAAGAAAGAGCUUUUGCAGAUGUUAUCAACAGAGAGAGGGUGCUGGUUCGCAUUGCCACUGCUUCUGCGAGCUUAGGGUCCUCUCUCGGUUUCCUUUAGUUAUCACUGAUUUCUAUUCAACACGCUCUCUUAAAGUAACACCGCCUUGGCGUCUGGUCAAUUGUGAUUGUCAAUGAUACUGGAAAUAGUGAUCUAAGGGAUUGAGGUUGAUUAUAUACAGAGUAUCAUGGGCGCUGUUUGUUGCUGUUUGCAAGAUGAGUUCGACAAUUUUGCUAGCCCAAACAGCUCGAUAUAUAGAAACUGUAUAUGCCUGCGGUGUUUCGUUCAGAACUUCUUGCAUGUGUAUUCAUCAUUAUUUCGUAGAGGAGAGCAACACGCCAUCCCUUCAUCAACUCAAGGGACAACGUCGUUGAGUUCUACUGCAUCUCUUGAUACCUCUCUAUCAGACAUAUACCGUUCUCCUCCGAGGCCACUACCUUAUGAUGCUGACCCUAGAUAUUUCCGCUUACAGCGAGAUGGAUUAGUCUCGAGAAGGGAAAAAGGAUCAAGUCACUCACACGAGGAGACUGAACCUUUACGGAGAAGUGAUACUGAUGAUGAUUCAGAAUCUUUGAGUACAGGAAACAAAUGGGACAAGUCUUGUGAAGAAGAAUCAAAAGAGUACAAUUCUAAAUCUUCAUUGAAGCUGUCAACAGCUAAAACUACUUCUGGAUUUCCUCAUGUUUAUUCUUCUUCGGAAGAUGAAGACGUUUGCCCAACGUGUCUUGAAGAAUAUACCGAAGAAAACCCAAAAAUAAUGACAAAAUGCUCUCAUCAUUUCCACCUUGGCUGCAUAUACGAGUGGAUGGAGAGAAGUGAUAACUGCCCAGUUUGUGGCAAGCUGAUGGCAUUCGAUGAGACGACUUGAUCUUUUCGCUCAAAAGCAUUCGGUCGUGGACGAAGGCAGCAACUUAUAAGGACAAUAACUAGGAACAAAAACGACGGGGAGUCGCUGUGAUAUCAAAACAGGAAAAUGGCGCCUUGUGGGCAAGCACAGUACAUAAAAAUAAUUGUUCGGUGUAACUCUAUUUGAGCACAUUUUCUUCAUUGUGUUUUUUCCUUGUAAUUUUUAAUGGAUUGCAUUCCUCUUUCUUGUCAUUUGAAGUGUCUGUUCUGAGUUUGGGGUGUGGGGGUAGAGUAAAGAUUUUGCCCCUUUGUGCACCCAGCUUUAUCUUACUUUGACAGAGACAUAAAAAUUAGCACUUUGCAGAUAUUGGAAAGUAGCCCAUAUUUGAGAUGACCUAGUUUAUGUGUUGGGUAUUAUGUAUGUAUUACUUUUAUGAAAAAUCCCAAGUGCCCCUACUAUUGUUACUCAUAAAUCGUAAUUCCCCUGUUUGUGAGUGGUAAA